CUUAUAUAAUUACUACUAUACUUUCAAACAAGUUAUCUUUAAUAUUCGUAUUUUUUUACAAUGAAAUUGUAUACAUUUAUUUCAAUGUCUAUUGUCAUUUUUAUGUUGACAUUAUGUGAAUGUGGGGAUUAUAAAAAUUAUAUCAAAAGAGUGAUGUUUGACAUUCAUUUACUAAUUAGAUCGAAACAUAUUCAAAAUCUAAAUCUGAAACAAGAUUCAAUUAAUACUACUGGUAUAGUGGAAGCUAACCUACAUGACAAACGGCUUGAUUUCACGUAUCUAUAUUAUUAUACAAUAAGUAUACUCAAUUUCAAAUACACGGAAAUACUGAAAAAAUUCCUCGAUUACCUGGAUAUCAUCAUCCGUAAAUGUCAGCGAUUUCAAGAAAGAAAUUCAUCUGAAGAUUUUAAUCGUUGUGUAACAAUACUUGAAGAUGCAAUAAAAAAUUCCAAGACUAUGAUUAAAAGUCUCCACAAUGCUAUGAAGUUUAUCAGUUAUAUUGAUAUAAGAUUUUUAUUUUCUCAAGGCGCCGUGUCGCAUGGUAUAAUUGAUGAGAUAGACUUUAUAUAUCAAUAUGUCGUAGAGAUUAGCUGUUUUGAUCUAAACAAAUCACCAAAUCUAGAUUUCAAAGAGAAAUUUCAGAAUUUGACAAAAUUUCAUGCAGACGCAUUAAAUAUAGUAAAUGAUCUUUUUGAAAAAAGUAUUAUCAUUGACACUUCCGAAAAAACAAAUUUGACAACAAUUAAAAUUCAGGAAUGCUCAAAUGAAAAUAACUAUGAUGUCAUAAUUUCAACAUGUAUUGAACUUAAAAAGUUUUACGACGAAACCAUAGAAAUUUGGUACAAAAGCCUAGGUUUUGAACAAUUUUUUAACCCCAAAUUAAAGAAAUAUAUACCUCCAAUAGAUGCAGCAAUAAAUCAAGGCGAUGGUAUUAAAGCUCUUAAUAUUCUUCUUAAGGAACCUGGUUGGAAAUCAAUGAAUCACAUAAAAAUAAUUUAUUAUAAUAAAUUAUUCAGCGUAGAUUCUAUAAUUAAAGACCAAGUAUGUGACAUGAAUUUUCGAAUAAAAAAAGAACAUGUCUUACAAUUAUUAAGAUGUAGAUAUUCAGAAAUACUGAAAAACUACUAUACAUUAUUAACUUGUAUAUUUCAUAUAUGCAAAACAGAUGCCUCUGACUAUUACUUAAAAUGUUUAAUUGAAUUAUUUAACUCAUUCAACAAAUCUGAAAUAAUGCUUCGAGGGUUGCAUACAGCUUUAAUUUCUUUAAAUAAAACAUCAAUAUGGAAUGUUAAUUUACACUGUAAAUCAAAUUUAUGGAACAUAUUAAACUGGGUUACAGAUUUCCUCAGAUUCUUAAAGAACAAUAAAUUGUCUCGAGAUAAUUUUGACGAUAAACAGGGUAAAUUGAAAACUGAAGAUGUAGAAAUACUUUUAGAAAAUUUCCACAAAUUUUUAAAUUAUAUGGGCCGUCAUUUACAAAACGAUAUAAAACAUAUAGACACCCGGUGUUCAAUGGAAAAUCCUUUGUAUUAUAAAUUUGAUAAAAUAAAUGAAUUCAGGAAAAUACCACUUACGAUGGAUAAUCCAAAUCCUGAAUGGGCAAUCCAAGUUUAUCUUAGUGCAUGUAAUAAUUUUGAUGAUUUCUGUAAAUUUGCUUACAAAUCAUGUUAUGAUGAUCUGGGCUUUAACAAAGUUUUAGAUUGUCAAAACAAAGAAUUAGACGACAAACUUAUCCCAUUCACUGUAAAUUUAUCAACUUAGCCUUUAAUGCAUAGGAAAGGAUAAGAAUUAGCAGGUUCACUUUUAAUGAUACAUUUCAUAUAACAAAUUAUAUUUUUAUUGUUACUUAUUAAUGUUUUCAGAUAUAUUUGUAAUUUUGCUAAAUUUGUUACACUAUAAUAUUAAAAAGUUCUA